GACACUCACUACAACUUGAUCAGAGACGAACAAAAGAAAUAAUGGUGUACUGAUUAAAAAUCGUUUUCUAUCUCCUGUCCUGGUUAUUGCGAUUGCAACGGCUCCAGACGAACAACUAGUUCAUCAACAUGGAGUUUCAUUCUGCAUCAUCUAUGUCUUGUGUGAUGUUUCUUUUGAACUCUCGCUCUUUGUGUACAAUUCAUCAUUUGAGCCAAAAGAGAGGAAAAAGCGGCGGCAUCGAUCCUUCACAAGAAAAUUCCUCUCAUUUACACAACCGACCUCAGUGUUCGAUCUUUCCAACUGGCUAACGACAGCCAAUCGUAGAGACUGGGAGGGGAGGAGUUAUCUCAGACUUAGCACUUAAUUGAUUGGAUGACAGAAAAUUUUGAUACCUUCCUGCACCCCACUUCAACGGAAUCUUCUCCAAACUCAUCCAUACCACCUUCACCACUGGAACAUGACGUACAGGUGCCUUCAGAAUUGGAGGUCAUGACCUCUCUUCUGCAGGAAGAACUGGCUCAGCUUGAGGACUAUUUCCUAUCCGAAUCGACGCCAACAAAAGUGGAGAAAUUUCAAAAAUGUGAUAAAAGAAUGCAAGCCAUGGCCACCCAGUCAUACUGUCAGUUGCCGUACACUUCAUACAAUUCAAACCAAUCUGAAACGAACCCUAUGCUUGUUACCCUGGCAACAGGGGAACUCGAACUGCGUAGCUUCUGCGGUGGCAUUAUAAGCCGACCCAAGAUGUCAAGACCCGCCCCCUACAGUUACGUUCGCUCUCAUUGCAAUAGCAGAAGGAUAGUAACAAAUGGAUUUAAGGAUGGAGAGGUCUUUGAGAAGGACAUAUGGAACUCCAAAGAGACUUACUCAGGUUUUGCUGAUGUUGGACAAUGCUCUUUUAGUAGAGCACUUGGAAAGGACUCUGCUUGUACAAAGAAGGUUCGAGAAUGUAGCAUGUUGUUGAAGGAAGAAGAAACUUACAGUUUUGCAGAAGAUGUUCUUUAUAGAACAGAGAUGACUCAAAGUUAUGAUAGUGGUGGGUCACUUGAUACCCACCUCAAGAAAGAGGGCCAGAUGCAUGGAAUGAAGAUGAUCGGUUGCCAUGAAAGUCUUGGAAUGCCUGUGUUGCAGUGCACUAAAGAUGGUAGAGAUUCAGUUUUCAGACAGCCAGAAGUAGCCGAAUGUUACUUUCACCAAAUAUCUAAUUUAGAAUGUUAUAACUUUAUGGAGGAAGUAGAUAAUUCUUUCAGAGCAGCAGCUGUUGAGUCCCAGAGCAGUGACUUCUCCCACCAUGAGUGCCUUGGAGACCAAAGCUUUGUGUGUCAGUCUGGUGAAGACACUGUAGGCUGUUCUUUGGAGUCUCCAACUCAAAAACCAAUGCAAAGGCCAAGAGAUAACACCUGUGCUCUCAAGACUGACUUUACAGCUGGCUCCUUGGAGGUGAACAAUGGAGAACGCAAACAGAAGAAAAGAGAUCAGAACAAGACGGCUGCUUACAGAUAUCGGCAGCGUAAGAGGGCGGAGCUGGACUCCUUGGAGGAGGAGCUGCAUGGAUUGGAGGGGCGGAACCGAGAGUUAAGAGAUAAGGCAGAGUCUGUUGAACGAGAGAUCCAGUAUGUGAAAGACCUUCUUAUUGAAGUUUAUAAAGCUCGCAGUCAGCGUUUAAAAGAAGACACCAGUGCCUAAAUAUCCUCUCACCAGCAUUACCAAUAAUAUAGCUUAACAUAAAUCUGUGGAAGGACUCUCUAGUUUUUAAACGUUUCAUGGACAGUGAGGACAUGUCCGUAAACAGAUGAUAUUGUUUUCCUGGAGCACUGUAACGACCAGAUUUGAUGAAUAUUUCCGUGAGCACUGUGACUCUUUGCUGCUGUGGUUUGGGUUCUACACACAUAGCCUUGUACUUAAAAUAUGAAGUAUUCUUGCUGUAUUAAUCAGGAAAUAUGUAUGCAUCAGUUCAUGUUUCUUUUAAAGUAUUACAGCGAGGUAAUAACUGCUUGCUUUGUGCUAUACUAUUCUAUUUUUUAAAUCUGCUCAUUUUAGAGGAUUCAUCUGGAAAACGCUGAAGAAAUUAUUUGCUGAAGCAAUAUGCUUUUGCAAAAUUAUUGUAAAUUAAUAUACUCUAUUACAACAUGAAUUGAUUUACAAAGUAUGGUACUACCUAUUCUGAUUGAUAUGAGUUGCUCUAGUACUGAAUGCAUGUCAGAAACUUUGAAAAGCAUGUAGCGUCAUGAUUUAAGAUUGUUUGCAAGAUUCUACCUGCAUGAGUUUCAAUUUUAAGUAAAAUGUUUCAAGAAUAAUGCUAGCAAUUUGUUAAAUUUCUUAUAACAUUUCAACCUUGUAAUUUAUUUUAUUAUAUAAUUCACUCUGCACUCUACUAUUUAAAAUCAAAAUUUAUGACAGUGUGAGAUGGUUUGUUUCCUCACUGAAUUUGCGGUGAACAAUCAUCGUUUGUGAUUUUCUUUCUUGAAGAAUUAAAAUGUCAAAAAACAUACUCAGAUGGAUACUGCAGUUAAAAGUAUACUUUGCAGCAAACAGUGUGAUGUUGCAAAAUGUAAUCACACAAAAAAUUUUUUGGUGAGUCAAAUGAAUCAAGCAUCAGUAAAUAAA